AUGUCUGGUUCUAUUCUGAUGGAGCCAACACCCUCACAUGAUUUGACUUCCUCAGAAGACCAAUGGAGUGAUAAAUCACCCGAAAGAGGUUACCAUCGCCAGGAGAGAUUCCAGAACGAAGCUGAGUCGUUACGAUAUAUACGCCGCGUCAGCGAUGUCCCUGUUCCGACCUUGUACGGCUCAAUCGAGGUCGAUGGUGUUUAUUUACUUAUCAUGGAAUAUAUCGACGGCGUUGGCAUGUUCCGACUCUCAGAAGAUCAGAAAAAACUCGUCUUGGUAGAACUUAAACAGUUCAUCGAUACCCUCCACCGGAUAAGGUUGAACAAAAUUGGCGGACCUACAGGGGCUGAAGCCGAAACUCCAGAAUAUGUGUUUUGUCACAACGAUCUUUCACAACAUAACAUCAUUGUUGACCCAAAGACCCUGAAAAUCAAGGCCAUUAUUGAUUGGGAAUACGCAGGCUUCUUUCCGGAAUACUUUGAUGCGCCUUUCUACAAAAGAAUUGGCCCCUCGGCUGCAAUCGAUGAGGAAACCGAUGAUGUACCAAAGUUACUUCAAUUUCUGAACCAAUCCAAAUCGAAUGACUCUCACCACGCCAAACCGCAAGCUUGA